AUGUUGAAAUUCUGGAGUGUUUCUGGCAAAGAGAUGGCCAGCAUGCCUGUGGAUGAGAUGAAGAGUUUAUCAACUGUGAAGAGUCAGCUAGUGCCACACUGCGGGCACUCAAGAUUCCAACAGGCCCUUGUGCAUGAUGGCAGAGUGUUGGAUAACACAGCGAGAUUUGACUCGCCAGUCGAUGUGCAAGUAGUGAUCUUGCCGUAUGCCACCACAUCUCAAAAUGAUGCAGACCAGCUCGCACGCGUAGCCGAGAUAGGGCAGACCACACGGGUUGAAGAGUGGCUAUCACGACCUCAGAACCCCAACCUGUUCAACCGCUAUGGGGCCAGCCCUCUGGGUUUGGCGUGUGCUACGGACCGGCUGGAAGUUGCGCGCUUGCUGUUAGAAGCCUUCGCUGACAGCAAUGCCUACUUCGACGUGGGAAUUUACCGUAGACCACCACUCGGUGCGUCGCUUUCCUUGGGAAGCAGACCCGUGACGAAGAACAUAGUGGCAGCCCUGUUGCAGUCGCGCGCCAACCCAGACCUACCCGACCUGUGUGUUGGAGGUGAGCAAAUAAGGAAGUUUACUCCGGGAUCCUGCGCUGCAUUUGGAUGA